AUGAGUUUCUUUCUUUAUAGAAUAAGUUGCUAUCUAUCUGACGAACGAGCAAUCGAUCGAUCUAACUCUUUUUCCGAGGGUUUAUACACAUCUAUCUAUCUAUCUAUCUAUCUAUCUAUCUAUCUAUCUCUCAGUCUCUGUCUGUUUAUCUAUCUAUCUAUCUAUCUAUCUAUGUUGGUAUUUGUAUUUUUCUUUCUCAAACAUUCUAUCUAUCUAUCUAUCUAUCUAUCUAUCUAUCUAUGUUGGUAUUUGUAUCUUUCUUUCACAAACCUUCUAUCUAUCUAUCUAUCUAUCUAUCUAUCUGUCUUGCUAGAUAACAAAGACAUCUAUCUAUCUAUCUAUCUAUCUAUCUAUCUAUCUAUCUAUCUAUCUAUUCAGAACUGUCCUCUAUUAGAUUCCUUUCACAUCUAUCUAUCUAUCUAUCUAUCUAUCUAUCUAUCUAUCUAUCUAUCUAUCUAUCUAUCCUAG